AUGGAGCAACAGAGUGAUCCCCCGAAAAAAGCUCUUUCCGACGAGGAGCGCCUCGAGCUGGCGGCUCAGCUCGACCAGGAUCUGGAUGCGUUUAUUAGCUCGUUGGAGAAAAAACGCUACACCGAAGGAUGGCCGGAAGAUCGCUGGGAGGAGGAAAUGGCCAAGCAUCCGUUCUUCAUGAACAAGUCACCGGAACCGGGCGAAGCGCUGAGUCCGCUGAUGGAAGGUCUGCAGCAGCUAAAGUACGAUCCGCUCGAAAACACCGAACAAGAGUUGGCCGAUACCUACAAAGAGGACGGGAAGUUCUACAUGCAGCACCGCAAGUUUCGUAUGGCAGUGCUCAGCUACACGGAGGCGCUACGGUACAAGGUUGGUGACGCCGGGUACAAGGCAGUACUGUACAACAAUCGAAGCGCCGCCAAUUUCAUGCUAAAGAACUACCGAUCAUCCCUGCAAGACGCUCAGAAGGCGCUGGAGUUGAAGCCUGACUACGAUAAGGCGCGGUGGCGGGCUGCCCAGUGUGCAUCGGCCAUGGAUCGCUUUGAGCUGUGCGCCGAAAUUUGUGAUACCAUUUUGCAGGCCGACCCUUCCAACGGUCCAGCGAUCGAAUUGCGCAAAACAUGUGCCGCCCGUAAAGUGGCACAAGAAAGGGACGCACGGAAGGCGGCGCGCCAGGAAAGGGAAAAGGAGGUCCGACUGCAGCGAACGCGAGACGAGCUUACGAAACGUUCGGUGAAGUUUGAAGAACACGAUGCACUCAUCGACGAGCGGAAACUACGUCCCCGGCUUGCACCGCUCGAGGAUUUCAUGGUUUCCAGCAAUAGCGACGGUGUGCUGCACUGGCCCGUCGUUUUCUGCUACCCGGAGUUUCACACUACCGACUUUCAGCAACAGCUGUCGGAAGACACCACUAUGUACGCCGUCCUGGAGCAACUGUUCGAGCAGCCACUUGAAUGCGAUCGAGAGCGAGUGUAUCGGGCAGAACAUGUGGCCGUUUACUACGAAAACAGAAUACUGGGCCGUGCCUACUUGGUCGAUGCGAACAAAACGAUCCAACAAAUCGUGGCGGAGAAAACUUUCCUCGUUUUUCAAGGCACACUUACAUUUUAUAUCCUCGUACGUGGCUCGCCCCACGAGCAAUCGUUUGUCAGCCAAACAAGGAUACCAUUGAAAAUAGAGCUUUGAUGUCGUUGUCGUUCCAAUAAAAGUAUCACCAACAUUUAAGAUCCUUCCACGACGGAGUU